CCCCAUGUUGAGUUUUCACGUUCCAAGAUCCUCUUUUUGCUACCAUUCUCAUUUCUCCCUGGCUAGCUAUUUUCCAUUCCUCGCAAACAUAGCUAGGCCAAACCUCUAAAACUAAGAAACAAAAAGUAAAAAAUGGGUGUUCUUGUCAAGCUUAUUGAUGCGUUACUCUUUCUCUUGCUCCUGGCGAUCGCUUUCACAACGCCAUUGAUUGAAGCGCAAGCAUGCCUCCCUCGCAAUCUCUACCCGGACAUUCUCGUGGACCUCAGGAAUUGGUACACUCGUGAGUCCGGCGACUAUCUCAUGACCGAAAUGCCUGAUUUCUACGUCGGGAUCAUGUGGGUUGAGCUUGUUUUCCAGUGGCCUCUCGUGAUAGUUAACCUUUACGGUAUCUUGGCUGGAAAGCCUUGGUUCAACAUUACGUGCUUCAGCUAUGGAAUAUUUCUUUUCACUUCCAUGGUGCCAAUAUUUGCAGAAUUGACGUGGUCAGGAAGGGCACAUGAUAAGCUACUGACGGUGUACUAUUGUUUCUUGAGUUUGGGAGUUUUAGCCAUACUUCGUGGGCUGCUACCCAACUCAUCAACCAAGCAUGCUGUAACCAUUGGCAAGAGACCCGCUUCAGGCAGGAAGAAGAGAGUUUAAUCAAGGAAAAAAAACCCGACUCUCGCUCGAACUUCAACCCGAAUUUUGUAAUCGUGAAUCAAUCUCAUUGCGAGAGUAGUCUGUAUUAAUUCAUCACUGUGAUUGCCGUUUGAGUCGUGCCUAGUUAAGACUUUAUAUUGUACGGAGGAAAUUAAUAUAUCUUAAAAACAAAUUGUAAUGUUUUUCGUAGAAUGAUAUUUUUCCCAAGUAUUCUUUUUACGACUCUA